GGUAAACAAGAUCCGAGGAGCGUAUGCUUGCGUAGAUGUGCUAAUGGAGGAUCCUCUCAGGGGGCUGAGUUAGCGAGCUGUCUUCUGUCCCCUCUCCUCGCUUCUGCUUUUUCACUGACCGCGAGGCGACUGCACCGCCGGGGACAACUUCUGAAUCAACCGAGAGCAGGUGGCUUGGCCACUGAAGUUUGGGAUGGCGUCUGACGUGGUUUCCCAAAACCAUGGUUCCAAGGGGAUCAUGACUUUCUACCCAACUCCUGAGCAAUUCAAGAACUUCAGCCGCUACAUUGCUUAUAUUGAGUCCCAGGGAGCACAUAAAGCAGGCAUGGCUAAAAUUGUUCCACCUAAGGAAUGGAAACCUCGACAAUCUUAUGAUAACAUAGAUGACCUGGUGAUACCAGCACCAAUCCAGCAGGUGGUGACAGGCCAGUCGGGCCUUUUCACUCAGUACAACAUUCAGAAGAAGUCAAUGACUGUCAGAGAGUUCCGCAAGAUUGCCAACAGUGACAAGUUCUGUAGUCCACAUUAUGAUGACUUUGAGGAGCUGGAAAGGAAGUACUGGAAGAAUGUGACAUUUAAUCCUCCAAUCUAUGGAGCAGAUGUUAAUGGAAGCCUGUAUGACCCUGAUGUCAAAGAGUGGAACAUUUGUCAUCUGGACACCAUCUUGGAUACUGUGGAACAUGAAAGUGGCAUCACUAUCGAGGGGGUUAAUACACCCUACUUGUAUUUUGGCAUGUGGAAGACCACCUUUGCAUGGCACACUGAGGACAUGGACCUCUACAGUAUUAACUACUUGCACUUUGGACAGCCCAAAUCAUGGUACUGUGUGCCCCCAGAGCAUGGGAAAAGAUUGGAGCGUCUGGCUCAAGGCUUCUUUCCUGGUAGUGCCCAAAAUUGUGAGGCCUUUUUGCGGCACAAGAUGACGCUCCUCUCUCCCUCUAUCCUGAAGAAAUAUGGCAUUCCGUUUGAAAAGAUAACUCAGGAGGCUGGCGAGUUCAUGGUUACUUUCCCCUAUGCCUAUCAUGCUGGUUUCAAUCACGGCUUCAACUGUGCUGAGUCCACCAACUUUGCCACUGAGAGAUGGAUUGAAUAUGGCAAACAAGCAGUUUUGUGCUCCUGCCGUAAGGACAUGGUGAAGAUUUCCAUGGAUGUAUUUGUGAAGAAGUUCCAGCCGGAUCGCUACGAACAGUGGCUGGCUGGACGAAAUGUACCCAUCGACCACUCGCGACCCACCCCGGAGGCUAAGGAGUUCCUGGGGGAGUCUUUCAGUGACAUCCCCAGCAAUAGUUGCUCAGUGGAGAACUCUGGAGAGGAAGGAGAGCGGAAGAGCAUGACACAGAGGAUAGAGACCAAGAGACACAGGGUGUGCCUGGAGGUUCCUAAGGAGGUUGCUCCCAAGGAUGAAGAUGAAGAGGAAGAGGAGCAGUAUGGGAAACGUCCGAGGCUAAGCCUCAUACCUCCACGUACUACUCCGCAAGAUGGCAGGAGAAAUAAAGGUCCACCAAAAUUGGUUGUCACGCCGACCAAGCUCACUUUAAUGGAUCCGUUUCACAGAUGCUUGACCCAAAGCAACAGUGAUGCAGGCCGUACGCCUCAUUACACCAAGACUCGAGCACCUGCCAUCUCCUCUCAGUCCCACACCAGAAACGGACAUCUAUCUACAUCAGCACCUCCUCCAUGGAGAGAAGCGUCGGCACAGCCUUCUCGCAAAAUGGGGGUCGCCAGCCUGCUCUUCCACAGGACUUUGAGUCCAAAAGACGCUCUCCAGGUGCACAGCUACACUCUAGAAAAGCAGCGGAAAUCUCACACACAGCUCCAGGUGCACAGCUAUGCCAGAGAGCAUCAGCCACGUCACCUACAGCACAAGUCCUACACACAGUCUCACACACAAGUACAGUCUUCAUUUCAGUCCCCGAGCUGUGAAGCAGCAGAGCAACAGCAGGAAUCUAAAUUAAUUGAUUUCAAAAUGGCACCAACUAAAUUGGAGGCACAGAGUCCUGAGAAGCAGGACCAGGAGGAGGACAAACCCGACAUAUCAACGUCCGUUGAGGAUCAGCCUAAAGUGGAGGAGCCAGAAGUUGAGCCCGAGUCUGUUUCCCCUCAGGUUCAACCACCACCACCGCUGAGCAACGUGGGGAAAGAAUUUCCCCAAAACAAGCGAAAGAGUAACCAAUGCCCGCUUGCUGAUUCUGGCAUUACCAUCCUGAGAGACACCAUUCCUCUCCAGGAACCAGAUUACAAAGAGACGAAGGUGGUCCCUCAGAAUCAUCACUUAUUGCUCCAGCAGGUGUCAGAGGAGCAGUCGUACUGCAAGUCAGUGGCGAAGAAGCAGCAGCAGCAGGAACAGCUCCGUAAGCUGCCUCGCCACCACCCUCUAAUCAAAGAGGUGCACAGUGACGAUGAAAUGUUUGUAGAUGUGGAGUUCGAACAAGAGGAGGAAUGGGCAAAGCCACUUACCCAGCUGUGGCAGUGUCGGCCCUAUAACCAUGAGGCAGAGAAGGAGUAUAACAAGAGCAUGGGGCAGCAGGCCCCCUACUGCUCCAUUUGCCUGAUCUUCCACACUCACCAUCAAUCGGAGUCGAGUACUGGGAGUUCUAGCAUCAAGUUAGUGAACCGCCGAGGUGGCCGCCAGUGGUCCAAACCGCUCAUCCCUGAAAUGUGUUUCAACACCCAAACCAGCAAGACCAAUGAGAUUGAGGAGGGGCAGCUGUCGAACCCUCACAUGGGAGAGGACGGGACCAGCAUGCUAGUCAGUUGUGCUAAGUGCUACGUCCGUGUGCACACCAGUUGCUAUGGUGUGUCUGGUGAUGCAACAGAGCUGGACGAUUGGCUGUGUGCUCGCUGUGAGGCUAAUGCCAUCACUGAGGACUGCUGUCUGUGUUCCCUCAGAGGUGGAGCUCUGCAGAGAGCCAACAAUGACAAGUGGGUUCAUGUUCUGUGUGCCAUCACUGUGCUGGAAGCAUGCUUUGUCAACAUCACUGAGCGGAGCCCCAUCGACCUCUCUGCAAUACCACUGCCCCGGUUCAGACUGAAGUGUGUGUACUGCAGGAAACGGAUAAAGAGGGAAGUGAUGGGCUGCUGUGUCCAGUGCUCCCACGGGCGCUGCUCCACGGCGUUUCACCCCACUUGCGCUCAGGCAGCCGGGGUCCUCAUGCACCCAGAUGACUGGCCCUUCGUAGUCUUCAUCACCUGCAACAGACACAAAACACCUGUCAUACCUGAGCGCAACAAGGCAUCAAUGAGGGAGUUGGCUGUGGGACAGAAGGUGAUCUGUAAAUACAGAAAUACCCGUUACUACCACAGUGACGUGGUGGAACUUACCACAGCCUCCUUCUAUGAGGUUGUUUUCGAUGACGGGUCUUACAGCGAUAACCUUUUCCCUGAGGACAUUGAGAACCGUGACUGCGUCCGUCUCGGCCCACCCACCGAAGGUGAUCCUGUUCAAGUGCGAUGGACAGAUGGGCUGAUAUACGGAGCCAAAUUUGUAGCAUCACACUCCAUCCCUAUGUACCUGGUCGAGUUUGAGGAUGGAUCACAAAUCUCUGUCAAGCGAGAGGACAUCUACUCUUUGGAUGAGGAUCUGCCUAAACGAGUCAAGUCACGAAUGUCCGUGGCGUCAGACAUGCGUUUUGAGCUCUUCUCACAGAGCGGCGUCAAGCAGAACUCCAAAAGGCAGCGAGUCAUCAGCUCUCGGUAUAGAGGGGACUACAUUGAGCCCGUCAUUUACAGAACCAUCAUGGAGUAAUGAGAUUUCUCUCACCUCCUGCUUUCCAUCAGCACCGCUUCUUCUCUUCCACCUCAGCAACUCACCACGGAGAGCUAGAAGUCCUCCCUGCCUCUGGCUAUUGCUAUUGCUGAAACGGCCACUCCAUCCUCACCCUCCUCUUCCACAGCCUGUCUGGCUACAUAGUUAUAAACUACGGCUGGGACUUUAGAUGACUUUUGUUUGCAUUGUAUACAUACCUGUAAGACCCCUGUUUUCCAUCAAACUCAGUAGAUUAUCUUCUUCCCUCUCAUUUAGAUGUAUUCUUUUUCUCAGGAAGAAGCCAUGCAGUGAUAAUUAAAUAUGGAAACUGUUGUGAUACCUACCUGAGGCAGGAUGUUUACUUUUUCUCUACCACCAAAUUUAGAAGUAAACACAUGGUUGACAAUGGACAGUUUUCCUAGUACAGAUAUUUCUUCUGCUCUUGACUAAGACUCAUUUUCAUAAUUAUUGUCAUUUCCAGUGCUUGGUAAUGUGGCUUUAAAGGAAGUGCGAUAAUGGGUCAGUUUUUAAUUUUUUUUUCAUCGAGGACAAAAGUCAUAACUGUACAAUUUUAGCCAAUCAGCUGUUGACUACCACCUACAAUAAAACAAUAUAACUGAUCAAUUUGAUUCUUUUUGGCCCCAAAGAAAUGAAAUGAUGCAUUCAGGUCCCAUGCUGAAGCAUCUGUAGAUUGUACCAGUCUCUUCAUGCAUCACAUUAACAUGAUUCACAAACCUUUCUUCUCAUAGAAACUUCAGUGUGCAUCUACUGUGAAGAGAACUAGAUGUGUGUUAGUGGCCCAAGCCUUACAUUUGAAAGGGUCAAGCGUACUUUGGUUUUCCUAAAGCUCUAGGUUUAUCUAAGACUUGUAAUUAUUGUUAUUAUUAUACUUUAUUUAUGCGAGUGCAUUACAUUUGAGAACAAAACUAUUUUUGUCAUGUCCUUUUCACGACCUGUAGAAAACCUGAGAUGUAUUUAUAUUUAUUAUAUUGAUGGGUUUCUGUUUAAAUUUGUAGGCUCGCCUUUCCUUAACUGGAAUUGAAGGUGUGAAUAAUCUGACUCAAGUCACUCUUUAAGCAAAAGCACUUCUUGUAACCUGCUGCUGUGGGAUGCAUUUUAUUUCUUGACAUUUGGACUCCUGAGUUUAGACUGUGUGUGUUUUUGAUCAACUUUAGCUUAGAGACAAAUGUUACCAGGUCAUAGUUUGAUCCCAAAUAAACAACCCCACUGUAACAGGAUGACUUUCAGAUUUCAUUGAUACAAGUUUUUCUUUCA